CUGUAUGAAACUGACUAAAAGCCAAUCAUCUUAUAAAGUCAAAAGAACAAUUACCCUUUAUAAUUGUUGGGGUGGGGGUUGCAUAUCUUUCAUCCUCUUUACUACUGUGUUCCACAAGGUGGCAUCCUUCCUCUUCUCAUAUACUGAAUGUUCCAGUUUUGCAAGUGGAACUUUUUUAAUCAAUUCAUUUUUUCCCCCAGAACAAAGAAACGUAUGAACCCCUUUGUAAAGUGCCUCUGAUGACAUCAUCUAAGGAAGAGCAGAAGCUUAUUGCAACCUCAAAUAAGCCUACUGUGAAACUGCUGUAUAACCGAAGCAACAACAAAUAUUCAUAUACCAGCAACUCUGAUGACAACAUGCUGAAAAAUAUUGAGCUGUUUGACAAACUGUCAUUGCGGUUCAACGGUCGGGUACUCUUCAUCAAAGACGUGAUUGGGGAUGAGAUCUGCUGUUGGUCAUUUUAUGGCCAGGGGCGCAAGAUUGCUGAAGUGUGCUGCACCUCCAUUGUUUAUGCCACAGAAAAGAAGCAAACUAAGGUGGAGUUCCCCGAGGCAAGAAUCUAUGAGGAGACCCUCAACAUCCUCCUGUACGAGUCCCAUGAUGGAAGGGGUCCAGACAACGCCCUGCUAGAGGCCACAGGGGGCGCUGCAGGACGAUCUCAUCAUCUGGAUGAGGAUGAGGAGCGAGAACGAAUCGAGCGAGUUCGUAGGAUUCAUAUCAAACGACCCGAUGACCGCACACACCACCACCAGUGACCUUUCUCCUUCGACCCGUCGGCCUGUGUCUCUGACCCUGGACAGUCUUUGCACCACGUUUGUGCCUUACAUCACCUAGCGCCUCUCUUUCUCUCUCUCUCUCUCCCUCUCUCUCACCUCCACUCUUACUUUACCAGCUUUUCCUCGAGGAGACUAUGGUGAGAUGAGCGUCGUACAUCAGUGUGUGGUGGUGAAGUGAUUGUGUGUCGUCUUUGUUGUGUGUUAUGACAGGCUGUAGUGUUCUGUUACCUGUUAUAACUUCUAUCACUGUUUUCUAGCCCAUAGAUAUGGGUGUCAGCACUGCAGGUGACCACCGUUUUACCUGUAUGCGAAAACAAAACAAUAGUAUUGUUGGUAUACAUUUGUUAUUUGAAGUCCUAAUAACAUUACAUACAGGAGAGCAAGAAUUAUAUCAUGUAAGCAGCUAAAAUAAAUGUACAUAAUUUUUGCUUCUCCUUUACCAUGGUUCUGAUGGGUCCACUGUAAGGUCAUCCGUGGAUUAACCAGGUGUUGUACACAGUGGGGCCACAUGGUGGCACUAUUUUCCUCUUAGUAGAUGUUGACAAGGCUAUUUUGUAGCCUGCAGUUAAUAGCAAUUAAACCUUUUUAAAUUUUAUUAAUUUUUGAUACAGUUAAGAUAUCACAGGUGGAUGCAGCAUUUCAUUGUAGUGCUUCUGCCAUAUUUAGUUUUAACAUUUAUGCAUUUUCCCUUCACUCCACUUAAUGAUCAUUAUUUUCAGUGGAGGGAACUUGAGCUGUGACCUGAGGUGUUAAAUGUACUGGGGUGAUUGAAUGAUGGAUGCCGAGGUUGAAGUGAAUGACUGUAACCGGAGAUCUCCCUGGCAGGAAGGGAAUCCUGUCUACAAGCUUUUAACAGGGAGAGAAAUUAGACCUAUCCUUCAUCGCUGCAUUCAUCAGAGAAUGUACUGUUUGCACACAAUAGGUUUUAGUUGAAAUAUGUCUAACAAUCACAGUACUUGUAGGUCUGUUGUACAGAAGUGAACAUAUAUGUAUGUUUUAUAUUUAUACAUACUUUAUCACAAAUAAAUUUCUACAAACAUU